AUAGGCCUUAUAUGUACCCCCACGCGCACAUACCACAAAGCAACAACAAAGAAAAUCGAUUUUAAACACUUUCAAGCCGAGAGGUCAAUCUCUCUCUCUCUCUCUCACCCACACACAGAUUCUCUACCAGAAACUCUUCUUUCUCUACACCAUGGAUGACUUUCGGAGAAGCCAUGUACCGGCUUUCGGAAGCUGGGAUUGCACCGACGAUCUCCCUUUCACUCAGUGCUUCGAAUCGGCGAGGCAAGCCGGCUUGCUUCGCUACAGCUACUCUGCAGAUCGCGAUCUCUACGUCGCCGGCGAUUUGUACGAGAACGACGUCGUCACUCCCGCCAUGAUCGUCGUCCCUCGCCGAAGGGCAAAAGCACGUUACCCGAUUGUGAAAGGAGCGAAAAAGGAGGCAUGGGUGGUGUGUGAUGUGAAGGAACCGCCGAGCCCCGUUUCUCUUUCUCCGCCACCGCCGCCGCUGCCGCCGAGAAAAACUCCCAAAGCUGUUGACGAAGAUCUCUACAAGAUCUCGCCGGAACUCCUCCGCGCCAAGCACCGAAGAAAGAGAGGAUGGGGCUUGUUUUCCAGCUGCCUGAUGCCGACGUGUGCCUCAUGAAUCUGGGUGUGGAGCUUAUUAUCCAACGUACAUAUAAGUGGCAAAUGGGAAGAACUUUAUAUAUAUACAUAUAUAUAUAUAUGAGUGGUGUUAAUGUAUUUUUUGAGUUAGAGAGAGAAAGAUUGUUGGCUGGAGGAGAAGAUGAAUUAUUGAUCAUUAUCAUAUGAUAAUGGGGUUAAAGGAAACGGUUUUAUUCCUUUGUCUUGUAAUCUUUUUGUGGGCUUUUUUAGGUGUCAAUCUCUGCUGCUUGUUCAGAUCCAGCCUAUAUUAUGCCUAUUGGAUAUGAAAUAGGGGAGUAUUGGAAUUUGAGCUUUAAGAAAAAGUGAUUAAAAAAAAAAACAGAUCAAUUUGGUACUAUUAUUACUACUGCUAGUGCUUCUGCUUGUUCUUCAUCUUCAAAUUAUGGUGUCCAUUUUAUUAUGUAAAAUAUUUUACA